GCGCUGGUGUGUGUGUGAGAGUGUUCCGCAACCGUUUCCCGGCCACUGGAUUACUUUUCGGCCCAAACUACGCCCUGGCGAAGCGGAGCGUCGCUAGCAGAAAACGUAUUUUGCUCGGCCAGCAGCCGACCCGCCUCGGCCACAACAUAACCUCAGCUGUCAAACGGACGCGACUCGUUUUUUCGAGUUUUCGUUGAUCAGUCUCUCCUGGAAACUGACAAGCUAGCUUUUCGCUGGUAUUAUGUUUACUAUGGCACAACAUCAUGUUUUGUCAGCUAUAGUGCUGGUAACAUGCAUCUUAUGUUACUAUAAUAGCUGUAAUUGUGGGUUUGUGUUUGAUGAUAUCAGUGCCAUUAAAGAUAACAGAGAUUUGCGGCCUCAUACUCCUAUCAAGAAUGUUUUUCUUAAUGACUUCUGGGGCACACCAAUGCAUAAGGAGCAAAGCCACAAAUCGUACAGGCCAUUAUGUGUGCUCACCUUUCGUUGGAACUACCUGUUUCAUCAACUGGAGCCACUGGGCUAUCAUCUUGUAAACAUGCUUUUACAUGGAGUUGUUUGUUUGAUGUACUUCAGGAUGUGCUCCAUGUUUUUACCUGAAAUCUCAAGCUUUGUAGCAGCAAUGUUGUUUGCUGUACAUCCAAUUCACACUGAGGCCGUCACUGGUGUGGUGGGCCGUGCUGAAACAUUGUCAUCAGUCUUUUUCUUAGCUGCCUUCCUCUUUUACUCAAAUGCAACAAAGAGGAAGAAAGUCACAGGUUGGCAGCAUCUGACACUUUCCAUGAUAUGUGUGGCCAUUGCAAUGCUAUGUAAAGAACAGGGAAUCACCGUUACUGGAGUGUGUGUAGUUUAUGAAAUAUUUGUAGCUCAAAAGCUCCGAGUGAGUGACCUUCAGUACCUUGUGCGUUGGUUAGUCAGUGGGAAAGGUGCUGUGAACAACUCCUGGACCCCUGAUGUCACCCGCAGGCUGGCUGUUCUGUUUGCUUCAACAGUCGGGCUCCUUGUUCUGAGACUGCAGAUAAUGGGUUCCAAGUUGCCAGUGUUUACUCGCUUUGAUAAUCCAGCCUCUGUGGCUCCUACUCCUUCAAGACAGCUGUCUUAUGCGCACCUCAUAAGUGUGAACUUGUGGCUGCUCCUAUUCCCAUGUGACCUAUGUUGUGAUUGGACGAUGGGUACCAUCCCUCUCAUUGAAUCUGUCACCGAUCCUCGAAAUGCUACAACUCUGGCCGCUGUUGUUGUCCUAGGGUUGCUAUGUCACACAGCUUUAACCACUAGCAAUAGACAACAAGCUACAGUUUUAAUAAUGGGCUUGGCACUACUGGUGUUGCCAUUCCUCCCAGCAUCUAACUUGUUUUUCCCUGUUGGUUUUGUGGUGGCUGAACGUAUUCUAUACAUGCCUUCUAUGGGCUUCUGCUUAUUGAUUGGUUAUGGAUGGAAUAUUCUUUUUGAAAAGGAAAGGUUGCGUCGUGCAGCCUGGAUGUGCUUAGGAGUACUUCUUUUUGUUCAUGGAUGUAAAACUUACACAAGGAACUAUGAUUGGGAGUCAGAGUACAGUAUAUUCAUGGCAGGCCUGAGGGUGAACCAGCGAAAUGCAAAACUUUUUAAUAAUGUUGGACACGCUUUAGAGAGUCAAGGCCGCUUUGAAGAAGCUUUACAGUUUUUCCAUAAAGCUGUUAGUGUUCAAGAAGAUGAUAUUGGUGCUCACAUAAAUGUGGGCCGAACUCUCAACCAUCUGAAAAUGUAUAAGGAAGCAGAGGAUGCAUAUCUCAAAGCCAAAUCACUUCUUCCUAAAGCUAAACCAGGAGAAUCAUAUCAAGCUCGAAUUGCUCCUAAUCAUCUUAAUGUGUUUCUCAAUCUUGCUAAUCUCAUUGCCAAAAAUGAAACACGCUUGGAAGAGGCUGAUCUAUUGUACCGGCAAGCUAUCAGUAUGCGUGCAGACUACACUCAGGCAUACAUAAAUAGAGGUGAUGUCUUAUUGAAGCUCAACAGAACUAAAGAGGCCCAAGAAGUUUAUGAAAGAGCACUCUUCUACGACUCAAACAACCCCGACAUAUACUAUAAUCUUGGUGUAGUAUUUCUUGAACAAGGAAAGGCCCCACAAGCUUUAGCCUACCUGGACAAGGCCUUGGAAUUCGACCCAGAGCACGAACAGGCUCUUCUAAACUCUGCCAUUCUUUUACAAGAAUUAGGGCGAGCAGAAUUAAGGAAAGUAGCUCGUGAGCGUCUUCUUAAACUGCUACGAAAGGAUGCAACAAAUGAACGAGUUCAUUUUAACUUGGGAAUGUUGGCAAUGGAUGAUCGUGAUGUUGCUGGAGCAGAACAUUGGUUCCGGCAGGCUGUCCAAUUGAAGGAAGACUUUCGAUCUGCACUCUUCAACCUUGCCUUGCUCCUUGCUGAUGACCAUAGGCCCUUGGAGGCUGCUCCAUUCCUCAAUCAACUUGUGAAGUAUCACCCAGAUCAUGUUAAAGGCCUCAUUCUAUUGGGAGACAUCUACAUUAACACAAUAAAAGACCUGGAUGCUGCUGAAAAUUGCUACAAGCGUAUUCUGCAGCUUGAUCCUGAAAAUAUUCAAGGUCUUCACAAUUUAUGUGUAGUGUAUGUAGAACGUGGGGAGCUUGUGCGAGCUGAGAAGUGCCUUGCUCGUGCUCAUCUAAUGGCACCUCAUGAAGACUAUGUCUUGCGUCAUCUGAAGAUUGUACAGACUCGAAUUGCCAAACUGCAACUGAGCACUGAUGCAAACGAUGCAAGUAGUGAAGUACCUGUAGAAGCUGAGUCUCAGAACUUACAUAAAACAAUCCCAGAUUUUUCAAGAAGAGGAAAUUUGGACUCAUCUGAUGAAGUGAGAAGAGCAACCAGCUCGGAUGUGAAUUCUGGUAGGGGUGAAGCAGGGACUCAAGGUAAAAGGAUAAACCGACGUCCUGCACAACCUCCAGUGUAUGUAAAUAAUGUCCCCACUGGAAGUACAACAAAAAAGGUUCUUAGGGCAUCACUGGAAUACUCAGAAUAUCCUCCAGAUCUCCCAAAUCCGCUUGAAGCAAGUGACAGAGACACACCUUCUUUCUCAUAACAGUACAAGGCCAUCUACCCUUUUGACAAUCAUAAGAUCUGAAAGGCUUACUUGUGCCAGAGUUUGCAAGGCUGUGUCUGGAUUUACACUUGUAUUUGUGAGGGCUUAUUAAUUAAUGUGAAUCGAGUUUAAGGUGAAUUGGUAUGUGGUGUUCUGGAUCCAGGACAUAAGAAAAAGCUAAUGUUCCCUGUUUUGCAGGCAUCUUAUUUUAUUUAUUUCCAAGGAACAAUUCAAAUAUCAGCUAAGACAUGGUCCAUUUACAAAGUCUCAGAGUAACUAAUACAUUGAUAAUGUUUUCUUUGCCAUUGAGCUUGGUGUUCAGCAGUUCAAUCUAACUGAAUAAUCAUGCCUGGAAAAUCAAUUAUUGGAAAGUGAAUGAAAAUAUGAAGGCCAGCAAUUCAAAUAUCCACCUGCCCUUUGCCAUUCAUCUUAUCCUAGAUGUAAUUUUCUGUGAUACGUACUUACUUUGAUAAUGAAGAGUUGAUUGGUGUAUUCUUAUGAAGUAUGGUUUGUUUGAAUCAUUUUAUUUAGAGUCUUGCAUUCCAAAGGUAUGCACAUUGAUGUGUGAACUUGAACUGUACUCAUUUGUGACUGGAGCAUCACAGUCAGCCUUAUGUGAAGAUUAAUCAUAUUAAGGUCGCUGUGUGUGUACUCUUCAUAAUUCCUGACUGAUAUCAUUCCUUUUAUUUUGUGUGAUAAUUUUGAACAUUAGUAUUUUAUGUUUUUAGUAUGAGAUUUUUAACUUCUGUUUUCAGUUCUCUUGUCUAUUUCCUGUAAACCCUAAACUUUUUGCAAUCAUGAAUGUAUUUUCUCUUUCGGUUGAUUUUGUUUCUCUUGACCGCUGUUUAAAAAUUUGCUCCUCCUGAAAGAUUUUUACAGUAUUAUUUUUCUGUCUGUUUGUUUCAAAUGAUCAUAGGCAAUGUCUUUUGUUGAAAUAUUUAUUUAUGUGUAUUUAGUAUUUAGUUCUCAGUAUUGUCUGGUAAUGUAUAAGUAAGUACUUAGCGGUAGUUUGGGGAACCUGUGAUGAUUCCCAUUCCAUGUAAAAGCAGUUUGUCUAUUUGGUCUUGUACUGAUGUACCAUUUUGCAGUUGCUACAUGAUUACAUUUGAAAGAACUGCUAGGAGGGGCUCACCACACAAAAAUGAUGUUAAUUAAAAGACAUUGAAGCUGUGCCUUCUGCAAAAUGAAUAAUUUUUAAGGAAAGAUUCUUUUGUAAACAAGAUAUUUCAUAUGGAUAUUUUUUUAUGUCGCAUAGUGUAUGAGAGAGAAAAGAAUAUUUGUUUCAUUAACCAUAAAAGGGGAAAUAUUGAUAUUGUUUGUAAAGUAAAGGCAGAAAGGCUUAAUGAUGUUAGCAAAUAAAUCAGAGAUGUUAUAAUAAUGUAUAGAGAGUAUAAUUGUCAUAAAAGAUGUAACUUAGUGUACAAUAAUCCUUUUGUAUGUAGUUGCUGAAAUGUUGGCGAUGAUUGCUCCUCCAGGCGCCACAAGUGAAAUAGAUUUUAUCUUAUUUACAGAAAUCUGUAAACUGUCAACAAGAUAUUUUUGUCCCAAAAGUUUUGUAGUACAAUCUAAUUUGAUUAGCAGUUUAGAGAAACUGCUAUAACAAAAGUAAUAUUUUGGCCUUAAUGGUUUCAGUUGCCCUUCUUUAUGCAUAGCUUAGGUAAACAUCGACCAGUUAACAAGGUGCAUUUCAUGAUACGUAUGGCAACAUUUCUAUGUCUGUGUUCUUUCAAUGUGUUUUGAAUAAAAUAACUGUCUUGCCUGA